CUGAUUUGGUAUGCAUUAUUGAGGAAGAUUUCUCUUCGCACUCCAUGCAAAUUUUGUAUGCGAAACUUUGAAAAGAUCAAACUAAUUCAGUCCUAAAAGGUCUUACCACUUCUAUAAAUCUUAAGACAACUUUUAACACUUCAAACCUCUAUUAUGAGAACAGCACUACGGAAAUUGAAAUUUAAAGAAACCAUCAAUAAACUCAAAUAUUUCGGUUUAAAAAUUCUAACACGUUUUCGCGUUUAAAGAAAAUUUUCAACACUUCAAACCUCUGCCAAGGGGUUACAGAAUCGUAGAAACUUUUGAUUUAAAAUUUCACAAAUUUCUAAUUUGAAAAAUGAAAAAUUUAUAAUCAAAUAAUAGUAAAAAAAACUUGGCUUACAAACAAUUCUGAAUUGUGCAAAAUUUACAAAAUUUGUUUACAAAAUAUUCGUGUUAUGAGUUUGCGCAAAUAGGUGUGCUUGAGACUUGAGGAAAACAAACAGUGGAUCUAAACACAAAACGAAGUGCCAUUAAUUAUUAAAUUAACUGUGUCAUUAUUAAAAAUUAUUGUUUGCAAACAACAUGAAGAUACCAUUCCUCAGCAGCUCUACGCCCAAAGAACUGCUUAACGAGGAAGAUAUCGGUACGUGUGGUUGUUGUUCACUUGCAGAACCCGAACCCAUAUCAUACGCAUCGGAGUUUCGCGACUUUCUGCAAAACAAUGCGCCAUUGGAUUUCGAGACGAAAAUGGCGCGUGCACGUCCAUUUAUAUUCGCUAGUUUUAUAGCGUGGCCCGCCUAUUGGAUUUAUAGAGGCAUGGAUUGGAGUAACCGCGCACAUCUGGAGCGCUCACUGGUCACUUACAUCAAUCGGACCUUUCACCACGCAAAACUCAUGCAAUUCACCAUACUCGGUGUGGGUUUAAUGUUCGCAGUGUACGAGGAGAGUCCACUACUGCUUAAGGUCAAUAAUAUGCUGCAAGACUUCAACAAAGAAGACUAUCGUGGCAAAAACACCGCUAUUGAUUGAUUUAACGAAUAGUGUAGCAUAUAUAUUAACGAAUUCGACUUAAGACUUCUGGUACAAAGGCCGAAAGAGAGAUUGAAACUAUAGACUCUGCAGAAAAGGUCGCAUUGAAGAUGCAACCAAUCAAAAUUAUUUUCUUACUUAAAAACUGGAGCGAGCAAAACCACUGUAGACUACGGCAUUUAAGGUGGUUAUGGCUUUAACGCUUUACAUUUUUGAUAGCUCACUUUUGACAUUUGUUGAAUAAAAUCUUAAAAAUAUAUAUACAUUUUUCGGUAACAAAAUUUAAAAACAGUUUUUUGUAUUUUCUUUAAGCCUUUGUAAAACUGUAAAAUUGCAUUUUCAAAUUAUGAUGGUAACAAUUGCGCGUGCGAAACUACACAUUUGAGUUUGAGAGAGCACUGAGAACGCCGAGUUGUGUGUGAAAAAAAAUUUAAAAAAAGUGAACUAAAAGCCCUAAGAACAUCUGAUAUAACAGAAGUUGCUGUUCCAGGCCAUUUUUUUUACGAAACCUAGUAUUUUUUAGACACCGUGCUUCCAGCAAAAUGUCACUAUUAAAAAACCUUUUCCAAAGUAAGAGCUCCCAACCGGCUUACCGCGAGAAUGUGGCGCGUGAAGUCAACUUGGGCGAGGAGGUGCGCCGUUUGAUGCACAGGCAGGAUAUUGAAGCGGCUAUGGAGUCUGCGAAGCCUUUCCUACUGACUGCUACGCUGGCCUGGCCAACUGUUUGGUUGUAUCGCGGUUUCGAAUGGCAUACAAGACGGGGAAAGGAGACAUUGCCGCUCUAUAUAAGAAAGACUUUUUUUGCCGCCAAAGCCACACAGCUCUCAGUGCUUCUACUUGGUCUACUUUAUGCUAUCGGCAGUACACAGCCACGCCAAUAUUAAUUAGACUCUCAAUUUACUAAAAAAGUGAAACUUGCAUGAAAUUACUCAAAACAAAAGCGAGAUAUCAACAAAUUACUGCUUGUGUCCGUCUUCGUGGUACAAAAGUGUCAUCUACCCUUAAAUAUCGAUAAAAAAUAAAAAAUAUAUAUAUAGUAUUGAGUUAACAAAUCAGCGUAGAAAACUCAAAAAUAAACACCAGAAGAAUAUGUAGAAGAGAUAAUUGUUGCAAACCUUCCCAAAACUGAUUAAAGAAGUACUGAAAGGUCUAAAUUACAGUAUA